AUGGAGUCCGAAUACAACAGGCUAGCAGAUACUAUUCGCCAUCAAGCGAGCGUCCACCGAAAACCACGCUAUCUCGUCACCAUCGCAGGUGUGCCAGGCUCCGGCAAGACCACCACAGCCCAGGCCGUCGUCCAACAUCUCAACAAAGACCCCCAGAUCCACGCGGCCCUGCUGUCAAUGGAUGGAUUCCACCUCUCCCGGUCCGAAUUAGAUGCAUUCCCGAAUCCAAAAGAAGCACACAUGCGGCGCGGUGCACCAUGGACAUUCGAUGUAACCCGUUUUGUCGAUUUCAUGCACCGCCUGCGAAUCUGGGCCGACCAGACACCGCUGGCGACGCCUUCGUCUGAGUCUCUGUCUUCAUCAGACGUCAUCAAAGCGCCGGCAUUCGACCACGAGGUCAAAGACCCCGUCGAAGACGGGAUUGCGAUCACAUCCGUGACGAACAUCAUCAUCGUCGAGGGGAAUUAUCUUCUCCUCAACGAGCCGGGGUGGCGCGAUCUCGCAAGCUUGGUGGACUACCGGGUCUUUGUAGAUACGGAUCUGCAAGAGGCGCGGGAGCGGACGGCGAAGAGGCAUGUUAUGGCGGGUAUUGAGAAGACGUUGGAGGAUGGGUAUCGGCGCGUUGACAGUAAUGAUUAUUUAAAUGGGGUAUCGAUCCGGGAGAAGUUGAUUGGGCCGGAUUUGGUGCUGAAGAGUGUGAGGGUUAAUGCUGAAAGGGCGGGAUAG